AUGUCACCACGUCGAGAGAGCAUUUCUUCCACGAGUUCCGCGCGGUCGGACGAGUCCAAGAAGACCGACGCCUCGGUUCAGAAGAAACAAUCGAAACUGCGGUGGUACUCGGAGGACGACACGCCCAGGGAGCGCAGGUUCAUCGCCAAGCUCGACAUCAUCCUGAUCCCGUACGUGUUCCUGGCCUACGCCGUCAAGGCCAUCGACGGCGUCAACCUCAGCAACGCCUACGUCGCCGGCAUGAAGGAGGAUCAGCGCUUCUUCGGCAACGAGCUCGUCCAGCUGCAGACCAUCUACACCCUCGGCGCCGUGCUGGGCAUGAUCCCCUUCAUCUAUCUCUUUACCUGCCUCCCCAUGCAGUGGUCCAUCCCCAUGAUGGACGUGUUCCGUGCCCUAUUCACCAUGUGCCAGUGCCGCGCCGAUAGCUUUGUCGAGCUGGCUGCGUAUCGCUUCUGUAUUGGGUUUUUCGAGGGCGCUUUUUACCCUGCUAUGAGUUAUGUUCUUGGUUCGUGGUACCGCGGCAGCGAGCUCGCCCGUCGAGGCGGCCUGUCGUCGAUAGGAGUCAACGUCGGCAACAUGUCGGCCGGUCUGAUCGCGGCCGGCGUGACGCAGCACCUCCAAGGCUAUGCCGGCAUCACGGCCUGGCGCUGGAUCUACAUCAUCUGCGGCAUCAUGACGUUCCCCGUCGCCAUCAUGGGCUUCUUCUUGCUCCCCGGCACCGUCGCCCAGCCGAACCGGUGGAUCCUGGCCGACGACGACAUCGAGACGGGAAAAAAGCGGCUCGAGCGGGACGGCCACGUCGUCGCCGGCAAGUUCAAGCUCGCGAUCCUGCCAAAGAUCCUCAACCCGAAGAACGUGCGGUUCUGGACCGUCGUCCUGGUCAACCUUCUCUUUUGGAACGCUGGCAUCCACAAAAGCGUCGGCGGCUAUCUGCUGUGGAUCAAGAGCCUGAACCGGUACAACGCCACCGAGAUCAACCAGCUUGGCUCCAUCGCGCCGGCGCUGGGUAUCGCCUACACUUUGAUAGCUAGUUUCGCUUCGGACCUCCUGCUGGGUCCCAUGUGGACCAUUGUUGCCGCGUCGCUCUUCAACGCGUCCGGGCUCGUCAUCCUCGUCAUUUGGGACGUACCCGAGGGGAUGUUGUGGUAUGCGUUUUCCACCAUGUUUUGGUCCAGCUCGAUCGCUGGAGUCCUGGGUGGAUGGGUCAACUCGCUGCUUCGCGAUUCGCCCUCGGAGCGCUCCUUCACGAUCAUCAUGGUCACCAUCAUCUCGCAACUCACCGUAGCCGGCACGCCCCUGGCGACCUUUCCGACCGUCGAGGGCCCAAGGUUUCCCAAAGGCUAUGCGUUCUGCCUCGGCUGUGCGUUGGCGCUGAUCGUAGCCGCUUUCGUCCUGAAUCUGUACCUCAAGAGGGAGGAGGAGCAGAAAGCUGCAGCUGAGCGCAGCGUGGAGGAAGGUCUUCAAGAAAAGCUUGACGACUUGGACAGACCGGAUACACCGGAUUCUGUCAUGACGACGGCCUCGACGGCCCAAGACACGCAGCAGGCUGUAGGGAGCGGUCAGGGACCUAGACAAACUCCCACGACAGAGAUGCCCAGGAGGUUCAUCAACUAUUCGACCAAUUUCAAAGUACCGGCGCCGGCCCGGCUGGGACCCAUCAAGCCGUACACCCCUAUAUAG